AUUGAAUUGGGUUUUAUUACACCCGCUACCGAUAGGUGAGAUUGUUAUUUUAGGAUCGUACACACGGUUCGCUCUUAUCGUAUAAUGUUUUCCUUCUGUCCUUUCGAUCGUUUACGAUAUCAAAAUUGAAUUGCCAAAUACUUUCGAUUUCUUACAUACGUAACGUAACCAAAUUUGACGAGAAAAUCGAUUUUUCUAGGCAAACAUUUGCUCAGAUUUAACUAUAUUUGAUCAGUACAAAUUGACCGAAUUUAAUCUGUCAAAAAGUGUCAAAUAUCUGACUGCGGUCAAACAGUUUGGCACGGAACCUCAUCAUCUGAGAUUACAUUUUGUCAAAUGUAUACCGGGAAUUUGUGUUUUUGAAGAAAACACUUUAUUCAUCAUCAAAAUUUAUAUUAUCGCCUUAAAAACCGGUCCCUUUUGAAGCAAUAAACUUUUUCCAACGAACAAUUCAGUCAUCGAAACACUUUUCUUAGCUAUAUGUAGGAAUUACCUUCAGUUCACACAUUCGUUUUUAUGUCUUUAAUGCUGUCAAAAUGGGUUCCACGAAAGCCUAAUUCGAGUUUCGAAAAUAGGAAAAAUUCACACGGUUCCAUAUCUGGAUAGUACGGUACUUGUUCAAUCACAUUCGUGUCGUUUUUGGUAAAAAGAAUCUGGCCGUUUGCGACGAAUUUUCUCUCAUAACUUCAAGGCAAAACACGACGGACUCGAUUAUAUACAAUCUCCGAUUUCUUUUCAUAAUCGAGCCAAAUUAUUCGUUUUUAUGCAUAUAAUUUUCGUUUUUGUCUUUCUAAUUCUUUUGGACUCGGAAUGUACUGAACCGAUCGACGUGAAUCUUUGUAUGUAAAGGGUUUUGGAACCGGGUAUGAUUAUUAUGAUAGUUCGAGACCCCUCUCCCCUCUCUAAGGUGUUUCCGUUUGGUCUUCGGAAGGAAUUCCGAAUAGACAACAUCAUAUCAAAAAUCUCUGAGAAAAAAAAUUAACUUGUUCAUAAUGAUAAAAAUGUUAUAAUUGUAAAUUCUCGGUAUAUAUUUGGCAAUGUAUUAUGGGAAAAAUGAUCAAAUAAAUCAAUACAUUCCUAGUUAUAACAAUUAAUGAGCAUGAUAACCUAUCAUGUGUCAGAACAGACAUGCGUUGAUCUUAUUCGGAGUGGUAAUAGAAUUCGAGAAUUCGUGUAUCAGUGUUGGCCGGAAAAAAAUGUUCUGAAGAUAAAUCUUCAGACUAGAUCGUCAUCCGAAUUAGAAACUCAUAUGAAGGCGUGUUUUAUCACUCAGCCAUAAGAGCCACAUUUGUUGGUUAUCAUACCAUGGAUAGUAGCUCUGACUGAUAUUUGGUUCUUCGAACAUCUCAAUUACCUUUUAUUUUUGUAAUAGGUCUCAUUGUAUUUUUUUUGUUCUGCAUCACAAUAUAAAAAUCACUCGUAUCGAAAUGCGCAAUAUCACCCCUGUUUUUCAAAGCCGCUAUUUCCAGUUUCAUCUUCAUCUUUCCCAACAUCGGUACCUUCAUCCUUUUCUGAUUUUCAUUCACUAUAUCUAUAAUUUAGCUGUCGGAAAGUUGUGUGUAAAAUAUUCUUCCUUCGAGGUCCGGUACCACUAUUUGAUUACCACGAUCAGUAAUCAUAAAUAAGGUAAAUAAAGAAAUUCUUCAAAUGUCUUCAUUAAUCAAAUACAUAUUUGUUUUGGACCACAUAAAAUUGCUUCCAAGAUUUUGAUUGUGGUUGACUUGCUGCCAAUAUUCAAAAAGCUAGAUCUUUGAAUGCUAUUUUUUCAGUACCUUAACCAGUAUUUGUGAAUUUAGCAUGAUUGGCAUUUCUAAUUUUUUUUUUGAUAUAUUACUUUUAUGUUUUGAAUUUGUCCCUGAUUUAUCAUUCUGUUGGCGUUGGAAAUCUUUAAUUAAUCUAUCGUCAGAUAAAAUUUCAUCCCCACAAGCAAUGGUGCGCAAUGCAGUGAUCUAUUAUCGGAACGAUCCUAAGUUGUAGUCUUUUUCGGGAAUUUCCAGGACAAAAUGAUUUUAGAAGCAUUCAAGAAAUAGUUUCCGCUUUGAAACAACGCGGGUUCUUCGAUUUUUCAAUUAUCAUCAAUGGAUGUUUAUGAGUACAAAAAAAUGUAACAUGAAAAUUAUCCGGUUUUCAUGCGAUGCCUUUUUUCCUCCAAAUGAGUAAACGUUUAUCUGGUAAUCAUUUUGAAAACUGGGCAGAUUCGUUGCAAUUAUAUACCUGGUCAACGGUCAAAUCAUAAGUCUUCAAGUAAUUGAGAAAAAAUGUUCUUUGAAACUAUCCAUUGCACAAACUUUAGAAUUAAUACAAGAAUCGCUGAACUUAAACGACGCAGAUACAAUCAACCACCACAGCCGUAUACAGCCGUUUCUAGCUUGCUGUAUUUUCCAUUAAAGUAAGUAUAGAAUAUCCACCAUCAAUUAAUUUGUACAUUAAAACAAUUAUACAUUUAGCAGCAUAUUUAGUUUUUCUUUUAGUGCAACGAAACAUAUAGUUUCACAAAUGAAUCCUUCUAUUUUAACAUUCUUGUCGUACGGUGUAUACCGAAUUGUGAGCGAUUUGUGAUUUGUAUUUUUUUUUUCAUUAGCUUUUAUCGCCUUAUUGUCACUACACAAGAAUAAAUUUAUUACAAAUAAUGUAUGACUCUCUCUUCCACGGCUCAAACUGGGAAACGGCAUAGGUCGUGCAUCUCAUUUCACACAAUCGAAGAGAAAGUUGUUCAGAAUUAUUCAUAGUUUUUGAUUCUAAGCAUAUGAAAAUAAUAUGCUUUUAAGCUUUCAAAGAAAUAUGUGGUAUACGCUCACAAAUCCAUCAGUGAGAAUUUUUUCCAUGAAUACGGCUAAUCACGAUAGGCGGCAUGAAUGCUCAAAAAUAUUUGUUCUGCUUAAAUUUCAUUUUUUGUUCAAUAACUUAUCGGCAGAUUAAACUUUUCAUAUAAUUUUUUAUUUAAACGUGAUAAAAACGGAGCAUUUUCAGUGAUAAAUUUGAGAGUGAUAAAAACAUCCAGUGAUAUAAUCGUGGCGUCACUGUACUAAGUUGAGACGGUGAAGUUCCUCUAGGAACGUUAGUGCAAUUUAAGAAGAAGUAGUUUAUUUUGAGGAUGCUAUCAAAAGUUAUCACUACAGGAAAUUUUAUAUCGAAUUAUGUGCAUAUACAGGGUGUUAAGUUACUCAGUACAAACAUUCUAAUGUGUGAUAUAAGGUCAUGUUUGAUGAAACAAUCUUAAUAAUUAAACCUCCUGAACAGUUCUAUAAUUCGUUCUGUCGCUAUUUCAUUCCAAAUUUCAAUAAACGAGACAACAGUGUGGUGUCAAAGAACUAUAGAUUAAUGCUCUCAAACAUAUUGGUUGAUAGAAACAACCAAGUAUAUCAAACAUUUUUAAAUUAAUAAAAAUACUCUAAAAAUGUAAUCUUAUAACUUUUUUACUUCUUAAAUGGUACUUAAUUCCCCGAUUGAAAUAAAGCAACUAGAUAUUGAAUUUGGUCAUCCUUCAAAUUAAAGCAACAGUAGCGUUUUUUUUCGAAAAUGGGUCAAUUUAAAUCAAACAGUUUGGGAUAAGUCCAAUAACUCUGUCAUAGUCAUAAUCAUAUUUUGACCAUGUGCAUAGAACGAUUUUUUCAUCAAAUAUAAACCUCUAUCACACCUCUAAAAUAUUCGCACUGAGUCACCUAACACUCUGUAUAUCAUGAAAAUCACUUUUCCGGACGUUGCUAAAACUCUUAUUAUUGCUUUGUCAUAUUCUCGUGAAUUCGUCUUAUUUUAAGUGAGUGUGCAGAUGAUGACUGUGACGUCAAUUCCCAACAAAUAAACAAUUUGAAAUAUUUCAGCGAUUGGCUGAAUGCUUACCCCUCUCUUUCUCGCUCUAAUGGCGAGAAAAAGAGAGCCAUCGUAGCUUUUUCGAACAUCAGUGCAACCAUCGGCUAACUUGAUGGCCUGUGUGAGCUCGAUCCCUAAAAAGAAGAGACAACGACGACGGCAGACAUCUUUGUUUCUUGCGGACGGGAUUCGCAGUCAAAGUGGAUUUUCUUUGCAUUUUUCUAUCCUAUUGAGGGCGCUAUAUGGCGCAAAAAUGCGCUAAAUGCAUGGUUCAUGGAAGCAAAAAGUGAUUGAAGUGAAUAAGAGCACCGUGAUAUAUCGUCAAAAGUGAUUAAUCUUGCUGUAGUAGAGCAAAAAUUAGAUUCGGCAGUCUUUAGAGCCGAGGGGAGGCUGAUUGGUGGAGUGAGAGUCUAGAGUGAGAGGUGGUGCAGCAAGAGGCGGAAAUUUUUCGCAGUUUUCUUCCACUGUGAAGGAGAUUCGUAUGUGUACGAGUGAAAGAGAGGCACUGACAAACAUCAACAAAGCGGCUGGACCGAAUAGAGUGAGAAAACAAAGGGAAGCGCAGGGAGCGCAGCAGCUGCCGUUGAAUUUCGGACGGAGCUGGUGGGAAGCCGCUACAACAGAACGAGGAAAUGUCCUCCCAUCAAGAUAUAAUGUGUGAGGUAGAAAUCUCCGAUUCCAACAUCGUUGAAGUGGUUGACGAUGGCCACUUUGGAACCGAGAUAGGAUAUGAGCAAUAUGAGGUUGGAGUUGGCGAUGAUCAGUAUGAGGAGGUAACUUGCGAGACAGAGGACUCUCAGGGAUUGAUGAUGCAUCAUAUAGAUGAUGAUGAGGAAAUACUGCAUCAAGAGGCAGAUAUUCAAGCUCACGAGGAAGUGCUGGAUGCAUCUGGUGAUCCACUGUGCGUUUAUGGGGACAUCAAUCUGGAGAAUGAGAUUUAUAUUGAAUCAACACCCGGACCAAGCUCGAGAAAACGGAAAUCCGGAAUGAAACAACCCCGCAUCGUAAACCGAAUCCGAUCAAAUGAUAUACACAAUUUAACAGCAGUGGAAACGUUAGACGUGAAUCAAAAGCCCCGACGCUGGGAACAGAAGCAAGUGCAAAUCAAAACGAUGGAAGGAGAGUUCAGCGUUACAAUGUGGGCGUCAGGGACUGAUGAUGACGAUGGCUCGAACCCGGAACCAGACCCGGAUUACACGGAGUACAUGACUGGUAAAAAGAUCACGCAAGAUUGUGUGCCUGGCAUUGAUCUUUCCGACCCGAAGCAACUAGCCGAGUUUGCGAAACCGGGUCAUAAAACGAAACUCAACAAAAUGGUGAGCUCUAUAACGACGGCCGGAUUGAUUAAAGCAAAUACCACUGCAGGUGAAUCAUCUGACAGGAAUAUUGCCUGCCCCCAUAAAGGAUGCAACAAAAUGUUCAGAGAUAAUUCGGCUAUGCGAAAACAUCUACACACUCACGGGCCCCGAGUACACGUUUGUGCCGAAUGUGGGAAAUCAUUUGUCGAGAGUUCGAAGCUCAAACGCCAUCAGCUGGUACACACAGGCGAGAAACCAUUCCAAUGUACAUUUGAAGGAUGCGGAAAGCGAUUCUCAUUGGAUUUUAAUCUUCGAACCCACGUAAGGAUACACACUGGUGACCGGCCAUAUGUUUGUCCGUUCGAUGGCUGCAAUAAAAAGUUCGCUCAGUCCACCAACCUCAAGUCGCACAUAUUAACACACGCGAAGGCAAAACGAAACAACAGUGGUGGAGGCGGCGGAGGUGGCCGGAAUAGUAACAUGAUGACUCCGCACUCCAUCCUGCCGUCGCAACCCUUCGUGAAGAUGGAAACCGUUGAAAUCGAUAACGAUUCACAGUACAUUGUGUACACCGAUUAAGCCUGAAGUAAAAGCGAGGAGAGUUUCUUUCGAAGGAAAUACAUCUCAGGAUGAGGAGGAUGAGAACUGAGUCGGUGCGCUAGUGCUGCGUGUACGUGUACAUUAAAAACUAUUUCUUCGCUAAGCCAGGAAGUCAAAUAUAUAUAAAUAUAUACAUUUCAUUUUAGUGUCAUGAAAUUGCGCGACGUGAAUUAUAGAAUGUUCCAAAACAAUAGAAACAGUGUGAGGAUUUUGGAAACAUUGGGAACAGAAAUAUUAUCAUUGAAUGUAGGAAAACUUUCAGCCUACUGUUUUGUUACAUUAAACUGUAAAUAGCUUGCAAAAUUAUUCACCUCUAGGCCGACUGUAUUUUGAAUUUGAUUGCAGUUUUUAGGGUCUCAUAAUUUGUUUUUCCAAUGAUAUUGGGAUAGUGUUUAGUGGUUCUAAUUUUCAGUACUAAGUCGCAACUAGAAAUAAAACCAUUUGACUAGGCGAGAAAAGUCAACAGAGGAUUUGUCUGAGAGAAAAAGUUUCUGUCUAUGGUAUAUUUUUUAAAGAUACGAAUACAAGGAAAUAAACACUCGUAAUGUAAAAUAAAUAACAAAAAUGGAAAAAUGUAUGAGCUAUUCGUGUUUGGGGGUUGCGAGUAAGGUGCUUUCCUUGCUAGUAAUGUUUAGUUGAUUGAUAGCAUCCAUCUUAAAAAGGCCCUUUUGAUGAUCAGGCAAUCCAAAGAUACAGAUAUCGAAAGAAACAUUGCAACUCAUUGAAAUGAAAUCGAAAGUCGAGCAUUAACUGUUAAAACCUUGAAUAGCAAGGAAAGCACUGGACUCUGAUCUUCAACGGAGCCGUAUGGUUUGACUGAGUCAUAAUACUAACAAGGGUGCGUGAGCGCGAGUGUCGUGAUUAUUAGUCUGUAAUGGUAAUUCUUACUCUAAUUUAAGGUGAUCUAUUUUUAAUAAAAAGUAAGCGAGCAAAAUCUACGAGGAGAAUAAAAUAAAACAACUGAUUUAUUAUUAAUUGUAAACAGAAAAUUGUUUACAUUUAUGUGAAACUAAUUAAUUUAAAACAAUAGUGAUAAAGAUUAGAAUUACCCUUGAAACAACUGUAGUUACGGAGAAAUUUAAAAAAAUAAAACAAUCCAUGUCAGUAUA